AUGAUUUUAACCGUUUUAAUGUGUCAAAUAGCAUCACUUCCCUCGCUUUUACUAUGUUGGAAUUACAAGGAUUUUAAGUUUCCUAUAUUCACUCCAGUCAGAAUACAUUUUAGAGCGCAGCCUAUUCAUGCUCACAAUACGAUAAAAGAAAAAAGACUCUACGAAGUAUUUGCUUGUGUGUUCGUAAAUGUAAAAUCAAUUAUAGUAGCUGUAAAAUCUGUCAUCCGGUCAUACUCUUACACAACGCUUUUUAUAAUUUACAAUUAUUUUACCGUAAAAAAACAAAAGAAUGUGUACGGUUUUGGAGGAACAAUUGAACCUGAAUCAUCAAAUGUAACAGUAACAAAUGGCAAUUCAUUAGUGAUAAAAUGGAGAGUAAAUCCAUCAGCCGGUGAGGCUGUCCUAACGUUAUACGUAGAUGUGUUGGCAAACACUACUUCAACUAUCUUAAUUGGUCUCAGUCCAGCUCUAGAACCUGAUGCAAUCAAAUUAUUUGGUACUGGUAGAUUAUCUGCUACAUUUAUGGGUACAACAUACAAAUUAAUGUUAAAGAACGUAACUUACAAUGACACAGUAAAAUUUCAACUUCUAGCAGUUUUUCACAAAGAUAACUUUACAUCCAAAAGAUCCGUAGUUCAGGUAACUGUUAAUGGUAAGUUGGUAAAUUGAAUAAAACUUGGCACGCUUAUAGUACGUCAUAAAGGGAACAAAAUGGCAUCAAUAAAUUUUUGUUUCUGUCAGCACAUUUUCUGUGACGUCAUCAGAAGCUUCAAACUUGGUAAAAAUGCCACUAUCUGCUUAAAAUUUA